CCACUGGAGGGGGACCAGGAGGCUCACGCUCUUGCACUUUCUGAAGAAGCCUGAAAUGGGACCUUGCUAGGAACGCGGGCCCCAUCGAUGCUUCUCCAGGCCUCCCCAUCCUCCAUCCCUACCACCAAUUUCUCCCUGGGUUGUCUCUCUGAAGGGGAAGAGGGUUUAUUGCUUUUGAAUGGGGAGGAGGGCAUCAUGCUUGGUGAUGGCAUGAAGAUCCCAGGGCUUUAGAAUCUUUUCUUUUGCAAACCUUGAGGCAAAGACACAUAGACAUGUUUGGGAGGUCCCUUAUUGUGGCAAGGCCCCCUCCAGCCCACCACCCCUCUGUCCUGUCCUCUCACCAGAGGGCCAGCACAUCCUGACCUUGCCGUUUACAGGCAGAAGUAGGCACACACUGUCUUCCCUCUCCUCUUAGUUUACUUAGACUCUGCAUCUAGUUCUUUCCCUGCCUCUAAGCCUUUAGGAAGGAGGAUACUGUGUCCAAUUACAUGCAACAGUACAUAGUCAAAUGCACUCAAUUGCCCCUAUUUUCAUACACAGCUUGGUCCACCACUCCUCCUCCACUGCAUCACCAUUUUACAGAGAAGAGAACUAAGGCCCAGAGGGGAAGUCAUUCACCAGAGGUCAUACAACAGAACUGGCAGAGCUAGGAGUAGAACACUAGACUUCAGACCAUUUAAGCCCUGUAAUUCCUGCCAGGAUUCCAUGAACUUGGGGACCCUCCCUUAGACUCAGGGCCUCCAUUUUGAGUACUUUGGUAAAAUAAACAGCAUGAGGUUUGGAAUAAAUAGGGAUUUCCCUUGCAUCAUGUCUUUCCACAAUUUAUGAGGUUGGAGAAAUGUAAAAUUUAAGCCUCCAGGAAAGGGACCACAUCUUCUAAGUGCUUAGCAUAGAACAGGUCAGCUGUGGGUCCACUUGGGGCAUGACUGUUGAUGGAGAGUUUAUUCAUUUAUUCAUUCACUCAUUCCUCUAUUUAUCAAGUAUCUACAUAGUUUACUGAGUACCACCCACAUAGCCAAGUGCUAGAGACACAGUGGUGAACACUGUGGGGCCUGCCCUCAUGAAGUUUACUAUCUAGUAGUGAAGACAGACAACCAACAAGAAAUUCUAGUGUGGUUAGUGCCACAAGUUUGUGGGGUAGGAAUAGGGAAUAGAGAUGGAAUUCACCUGAGGCUGGUGCCCUAAAGAAAGAGGCAUUUAAGAUGAAUGCAGAAGGGAGUUCUGGGGCAGGCCAAGCUAUGUUGCUCACCCCUAGAUAUUCAGCCUACAGUGUCAGCCUUUCCUUCUCCACACAGUGCCUUGUCCCACUCCACCCCUAAAAUUCCCCUUUUCUCCAGGAGAAAGGGAAAACAAGAAAAGAAAAACCAAUGUAUGGUCCUGGAACACCCACGCCUUGUUUCUUAGGGAGAAGAGGUAACAGGGGUGGAAGGAGAAUAGCUUGUGAGAGUGUACGAGUGGAAUGAAGGGAUCAGAUGAGAGAGCACGGCGGAGAUGGAGAGAAGCAGAGAAUUUGAUGCAUAUUUUGGAGGCAAAAUCAACAAGAUUGGCUGAUGGAUUAGAAGCAGAAGGCCUGAUUCAGCAGGAAGCAUCGCAGACACCAACCACCAUGCUGCCAGCAGUGGCCCGGGGCCACCGGGGCUGGUUUCAUCCCUGUGCUAGGCUUUCUGUGAGGAUGAGCAGCACUGGGAUAGACCGGAAGGGCAUCCUAGCUGAACGGGUAGCCGUGGUCACAGGGUCUACCAGUGGGAUCGGCUUUGCCAUCGCCCGGCGUCUGGCCCAGGACGGGGCCCACGUGGUCAUCAGCAGCCGGAAGCAGCAGAACGUGGACCGGGCUGCGGCCCAGUUGCAGAGGGAGGGACUGAGCGUGGCGGGCAUUGUGUGCCACGUGGGGAAGGCUGAGGACCGGGAGCGGCUGGUGGCCACAGCCCUGGAGCACUGUGGGGGCGUCGACUUCCUGGUGUGCUGUGCAGGGGUCAACCCUCUGGUGGGGAGCACUCUGGGGACCAGUGAGCAGAUCUGGGACAAGAUCCUAAAUGUGAAUGUGAAGUCCCCAGCCUUGCUGCUGAGCCAGUUGCUGCCCUACAUGGAGAAGAGGAAGGGUGCUGUCACCCUGGUCUCUUCCAUUGCAGCUUAUUUUCCAAGAAUGGAGCUGGGUGUCUACAAUGUCAGCAAGACAGCGCUGCUGGCUCUCACUAGAACACUGGCAUUGGAGCUGGCCCCCAAGGACAUCCGGGUAAACUGCCUGGUUCCAGGAGUAAUCAAGACUGACUUCAGCAAAGUGGAUUGGGGAGCCGGAGGACUGUGCAGGAGUCGUGUCCUUCCUGUGCUCUCCAGAUGCCAGCUACAUCACCGGGGAGAACAUCGCAGUGGCAGGCUUCUCCUCUCGGCUCUGAGGGGAGUGGGGGUGGCUGUGCAGCUGCGGUCCCAGGCCCAGGAGCCUGAAGGGGUGUCUAGGUGAUUCUUUGGAUCUGGAGACAGGGUCUGCCAUUCUGCCAGACUAGAAAUUUGGGAACUUACUCAUGCUAGGCUCGAGGGAGAAGAAAAACCCUUCAGUAUUCUCCUUAGGACUUAUCUGCAUGACUGUUGUAGAUUUGGCUGAUCCAAUCAACAUGUGGGGUUCUCGGUGUGGGGCUGGGGAGCUGAAGGAUUUUAUGGAGCUGUUGCUUUGGAGGAACCUUAAGGGAAAGGAGUAGAAGCUCAGGCCUCUGAAGGAUCUCAGCUCCUCCUCUCUGUAAUUUGUGCUUUAAGCAUUUUUUUUCCCCUGAAAUAAACUCAAAUUUAUCCUCAA